UAAAAUUUAAAAGAACUCUAUAUCCGAUCAAAAGCCAACAUGAGUGACUCCGACUCAGACGACAGUUCCUUUCACUCCUUCAAUGGGAGCGAGCGGUCCGAUUUCUUGUACGCUUCGUCGUCGUGUCGCAGUGCCUCUGGCAGUGAAGAUGAAGUUCCUCUGUAUUCAAAGAAGAAAAGUCUCCGAAAAUUGCCUCCAGUGCCAUAUGAGUUGCCCAGCGUUGAGGUGUUCAGUUUGGAUCGAGCCCCAUCGAUGUUGAAAGAACGCAUAGAAUCCAACAGCAACCGGCCUGAUGAGGCCAAAGAAAAGAAUUUGCACACUGACAACUCCCAGAACACUCAGCCAGAGUGCUUUUGGUCGCCUCGUAAACAGUUUGAUUUGGUCUUGGAUUCUUAUUUCCGUCACACCAAGCCUGUGGAGGAGGAAUAUGUAUCACCUUUUAAACAAAAUAUGCCAAUACAGCCACAUCCAAAGGAAUCACCGUUGCUGAAAGGUCUGAAGAAGCCACUUGUACUUCCUGCUGGCUAUGACUUGAGCGCCUUACAAGUAAUCAAGGAUCCCAACCACUGGGCCAUUCGCCCUGGCGUUCGUACUGGGGAUAUCAUUAAAUAGUACGACACCGGUUUCCGUUGUAUUUAUAAUUUCUCUUUUUCAAUAAAGGCUAUAAACUAAGA